AUGCACACACUCGCAGACUCUGCUCCUUCUUCAUCGUCUCUCCUCCCAUGGCGGGGUUUUAGUUUUUUAAUUCCUUCUCCCUUCAAAGAAAAAUGGCACUCUCAAAUCUUCUUCUGCGGCGCCUCAAAUGUUCAGAAAUCUUCUCCCUUCGUCUCCUCUCCCAAAUUCCAAACAGAGCGAACUUCUCUUCGCUCUCCAACUCGGCCGAGUCGACUCACCAGCCCCCUCCCACCCCCAAACCCACCUCACUCUCCGCUCGCAUGAGCUUCAUUUUCGAACAAAUCGACGAAAUCGACAAAAAACACGAAGACAAGGACGAAACCCUCCAGCGAAUCCGCGCUUGGCGCGAAUCCAAGAAACAAAUCAACAGCCCCAGUUCCGGCCCGGCCCCGAACCGGCCCGAACCGGACGCGAUGGAGGAUUUGAAGUCGGAAUUGGUUAAGAGUGAAUCCUUUUUGGGGAGUGGUGAUGUGAAGGAGGAGGUGGAGUUGGUGCACCCAUGGGCGGAGUGGAUAGAGUUGAUGGAGAGGCUUGUGCAGCAGAAUUACUUCGAUCACAGAAGGAAGGACGAGGAUGGUAUGAUGGAAGGUUUGGGUAUCGAUUUUUCGGAGGGUUCGAAGAUGGAGGAUAAAAGGCUCGACUUUGCUCGGGAUUUCCGGACCGUGCAGGAUGCUGUCAUCAACUUCGGCCGCGAUCGAUUCGAUAUAUUGAGGUCAUUGUCGAGACAAGAUCUUCAAAUAUUGGUAGGUUACGGAUGCCCUACUGCAGACAAGAGGGUGGUCUUUUCAUCCAAAUUGCUAAGGAAGCAUGUACAUCUGGAUGAAGGAGAUGUUUGUAGUUCGUGCCGUCUGAGGAGCUCUUGCGAAAAGGCAUAUCUGCUCACAAAUAAAGAGGAUGAAGCUCGAACAAUUGACGUAAUGCGAAUCCUACUCGAGUAUGGUUUCGAUCCAACUGAGGGAUCAGUUGCAAAUAAAUCCCUUUUAAAAAUGAAAUCUGUCAAAACCGUUGUUCGGAAAUUGCUCCAUGAGGUAGUCAAGCUAAGUGCAGUUCCGAUAGAUCCGAAUCUCCCUCCUCCUGUAAUUAAGAAGCCUCCGCCAAAGGUGAAACAACCACCUCCCACUCCUAAACGAAGAGUCGGGCGCGACGAUGUUGAAAUGAAAAAGGGUGAUUGGCUCUGUGCAAAGUGCGACUUCAUGAACUUUGCCAAAAAUACUGUGUGCCUGCAGUGCGAUGCUAAGCGUCCUAAGAGACAGUUGCUUCCAGGCGAAUGGGAAUGCCCCGAGUACGUUACCAUCUGUGUGUGUGUGUGUCAUAGUAGAAAUAGAGGGGCUAGAGAUUUUGGUUCCGAUGAUGAUUCAGAAGAGGAGAUUGGGUAUAAUAGAUCGAAAAAGAAUGAGAAGAGAGGAGUAUCUAAAAGAGGAGGAGGAAGAUCCAGUUUUAGAGAAGAGUCUUUCUCUGAAACAGAUUCCGAUGAUGGUGAUAGGCAAAGAGGUAAUAAUGCAUAUGGGGGCAGGGGGCAGGGGCGGGGGAGGGGGCGGGGGCGAGGGAGUGGGGGCCGUGGGGGUGAGAGGAUGGACGACCGGAGAAGCUCUAUGAAUAGAGGAUUUGAUAGGUCGUCUGGAAAGAGAAAUGAUGGAGAUUUUCGAGAGAGUUCAUAUAAUGGCAGAGAUGGUAAAUUUUCAAAGCCUAGAGGAGGAGAUAGAAAACAAGGCAGAGGAGGGUCGUUUGGGAAACGAGGAGGAGGAAGAGGAGGAGGGAGGUCAAACAGGUUUGAUGAUGGAGAUAGUUAUGAUCAUGAAGAGAGUAAUUUGAGACCCAGGGCGAAUGUGCGAUGA